AUGGAGAAUGAGAGUAUCACUUCACCCUCUUCUUCGUCGUCUUCUUCUUCCUCCUCCUCCUCGUCCUCCUCCGCUUCCACCUCGUUUUCAUCGUCUAUCUCCUCGUCCUCUUCCACCGCGUUAAAUAACUACGCGGCGCCUUCCAUUCCCGGAGAGUUCAUUCUCUACGUGGAUGAGUCUGCUGAUGUCGUCGUCAUAACAUGUGAAGUCAGUCUACCUUCCAAAGAUCAUUCGGUUCACCUGCUUUGCCCUCUAGUACCGGAAACACGGUUGUGUUUCGAGAACUGCCGUCGUGUAUGCUCUCUGCCGGAUUGCAACGACAAACCAAAGCUUUUCACGGUUGAAUGCGUUGAAGACUUGUUCGUGCGAGACAUGUACAACAUUUGGAAGUUUCGUUACAUCAUUGAUCGCCAUGAAGCAGCUGUGGAAGGCACAUGGGGGUGUUUUCACGCCGGAAAGUCAACAGAUACCGUAAAUGUCACCGCAACUUUGACAACAACCGCAGAGCCGUUUAGAAGGUCGACUGCUGUAGAACUCGGUGUCGGAGGCACCGUGUCGCCAUGGCUGGGACCCUUCGUUGGACAGCCAAAUUCACGAGAAUCCAGCAUAGACAAGCACCAAGGAAGUAAUGACACUUCAAUGACCACUAAACAACCGCAGAGUAGCAAGAGUAAGUGUUUCUUGUUCUUCAUCUCCUCCUCCUCCUCCCCUUCCUUCUAUGACGUGGAACAAUGCAUUGAAGGAAACUGCAAGUCAGCCAGUUCGGCAAAUGAUAGCAAUCUGAUGUGGGAGUGUGAAACACUUCCUGUCAGGUAUAAAGAUUUUGCAAACAAACAUGAAAAGUGUUGGUCUAGGUGA